GCCGGCCCGCCCCGCCUGCCCGCUCCGCCCUUCCGCCGGGACAUGGCGCAGGAGCUGCAGGGUAUGGACGGCGAUGUGGAGGAUGGCGAGCUGUCCGGCUCCGACUCGGACAUGCCCGGCGCCGGCUCCCCCGGACAGAAGCUGCACGCUGGCAGUGAUUCCUGCAGGCCCUUCCAGAGCAGCCUCUCAUCCUGUGCUCCCAGUGUUCCUUACAGGACCACAAAGAGCUUGGACUCCAGUGAGGAGAGUGCCUCCGACUCCGAUGAUGACAGCUGCCUGUGGAAGAGAAAGAGGCAGAAGUGCUUCAACGUCUCCCCUGCCAAACCUGAGCCCUUCCAGUUCAGCCAGAGCCACCAAAAACAGACUGCUCUGCGUGCCAAGAAGGUCAACAACAUCUGGGGCGCGGUGCUCCAGGAGCAGAACCAGGAUGCGGUGGCAACUGAGCUUGGGAUUCUGGGCAUGGACGGCUCAAUUGACAGGAGCAGGCAGUCUGAGACUUACAACUACUUACUAGCUAAAAAGCUGAUGAAGGAAGCCCAGCAGAAGGAGGCAGAGACUUUGGAUAGGGAGCUGGAUGAAUACAUGCACGAUGACAAGAAGACAUUGGCGGCAGAGGAGGAGAAUGGGCAGGGCUUCCUCAAACGGAAGCGGCCCGUGAAAGACAGACUGGGGGAAAGGCAAGAGAUGAAAUACAAGGGAAGGUACGAGAUAACAGAAGAAGAUUCAGAGGAAAAAGUGGCAGAUGAAAUUGCUUAUCGACUUUGUGAGCCAAAGAAAGACUUAAUUGCUCGAGUAGUGAAAAUAAUUGGGAAGAGAAAAGCCAUUGAGCUGCUGAUGGAAACAGCUGAAGUAGAGCAGAAUGGUGGACUGUUCAUUGUGAAUGGCACCAGGAGAAGAACACCUGGGGGUGUUUAUUUAAACCUGCUGAAGAACACACCGAGCAUCAAAGAGGAACAAAUAAAGGAAAUAUUCUAUCUGGAAAACCAAAGGGAGUAUGAAAACAAAAAAGCUGCCAAGAAGAGGAGGAUACAAGUUCUGGGGAAGAAGAUGAAAAAGGCCAUCAAGGGGCUUAACCUGCAGGAGUAUGAUGAUGCAUCUCGUGAGACUUUUGCCAGUGACACAAACGAGGCUCUGGCUUCCUUGGAUGACCUGCAGGAGGGGCACCAUGAGGCAAAGAUGGAACCUGAGGAUACCAUUGAAAUUGAUAAUGCCCAUGACUUGGAGAUCUUUUAGUUACUCAUACUCUUGAUAACAGAGUCUCUAUAGAAACAUGUUAAAUAAGCCUUUCUUGUAAUCCUGCAGCUUCUUGUUUUUGAAGUAUGGGGAGUACUUGAUGCUGAAAAAUAGGUGGUGAUUCUUUGCUAAAUUUAACAGCAUGAAAGACUUAUAAUUGUCCUGUUACUUGUUUGCUGAGUCCUCAGAAACUGUCAAGAUUUUUCUAGAUAACAACUCUGCGUCAUGACAGGAAGUGUUCUUAGUCAGAUGUUAGGUUUAGCAGUUAAGGCGGUGUUUUAACCAAAUAAUUCUCUUUUAAUUUGCUGAAGCACACAAAGUCAUCAGGUGAGCAAUGCUCUUUACUACAGAUGAGCAGAAAAAACAGUGUGAAUUGAGUCUUGAAAUAAAAGAUCAUAUAUUAAUGUGGCAGUGUAUAGACUAAAACAGCAGUAUUUAUAGGAUUAAGACCUGUAAAAACAGGUUGGUUUGUGAAAUAAAUUUAAUUUUAGUGGAUCUUUGAAUAAGAACCUUGUAAAUAAGCAGUACUGAGCAAUGUGUGUUUCGGAUUUAUUCUUUGUAUUCCAGUGGUGACUUAAGCUUCCUAUCUGUUUUCCAUGAUUAGACACAUACCUAAGUUCCAUGGAUGGUUUUGUUUGCAAUUGUAACUGAAAGCUUUCAGAGUAGUAAGAUUUUACUAAGCUGUGUUCCCUUCAAGGGUCUGUAGACUGUACAUACAGAUACAAAUCCUUUACCCCGCAGUUCUUGUUCUCUCCUCCUGUGUGCAGUGAGAUAAUGUGCAGCUUGCAGAAGAUCUGGAGUUUUUCUGUGCUGACUCUUGCAGGGGAUAUUUGUUUUUUCCAUUUACUUGAUGCAGGAAACUGUUGUGUAGUUUGUUAGUUCGGCCAAAAACUAUUUUUAUGUUGAAUAUUGUUUUUAAUAUAGCUGAAGAACAUGUGUAACACUGAUAUGUAAGUUGUCUAAAGUAUUUCGUUACUAAUAGGAUGUGGCAUUUUUUUGUGAGUAGACACUAUUCAGCCCAACUUUUGUGCAUAAAUUUUGUUCACCUCUGGGUCUUUGAGUUUCAGAAGGAAAGUGUGUCAGUAUAACACAUAAUCAGUUUAUAAGAUUGAACAAUUCAGCACUACCAAGGGCUGGCAUUUAAAGGAUUGCAGCAUUUGAAAAAAUACUUCUUAUACAUAAAAGCACAUUACAUUACCUGCCUUACUAAACCUGGGGUUUGACUUCUCUGGUUUUUUUCAGCUCACAUGAAACCGAGCUCCUAAUUGUUAAAAAGUUACUCAUCAAAUGUGCAAGCCUUUGGUGGUAGUAGUUGCUCACACUGAAAUAACUGAAUUUCUAAUAUUUUCAUUAAUUUUCCUAACCAGUGAUGGUCAGACUAAACCGGUAACUCCUGUAAGGGAAACAGAAUUUUGUGCUGUUCAAUUGCUUUGGGAUUGUACCAUUUCAUCCUGGUUUUGGGAACUGCUUGGGGAUAUGUCUUAACUGUUUUCUGGAUAGAAUCAGCAAAUUGUAACAUUAUUUUAAGCAAUUUUUAAUUGUUAUGUGAUUUGCACUGUGUAUUUUUUUAAUGUUAAUAUUUCUAACCUCAAUUUCCCAGGCAAGGGGUACUGAAAUGGCGUGUAGUGUUGUCUUUAACAAAAGGGUGGUAGGGGGCUAUAGCAGAGGGCACUGAGCAUGGGGAGGGGUCUGGAGGGCUGAGGGCACUUGGUCUGUUCAGCUGGAGGAGAGUGAAGGGAGACUCGCUGGGGUCUUCAAAAUUCUCAGGAGGGGAAGAGGAGGAGCAGGCACUGAUCUCUUCACUCUGAUGACCAGUGACAGGACUCCAGGGAAUGGCCUGAAGCUGGGCCAGGGCUUUCAGGUUUGAAUUGGCUGUCAGGAAAAGGUUCUUUCCCCAGAGAGUGGUUGGGCACUGGAACAUGUUGCCCAUGCCAGUGGUAGCACAACCAAACCUGACAAAGUUCAGGGAGUGUUUGGGCACUGCUCUGAUCAGGCACAGGGUGGGAUCAUUGGGACUGUUUAGGGCCAGGAGCUGGACUGGAUGGUCCCUUCAACUUGAUUCCAUGAUUCAGCUUCCUCCCACUGUCUUAAGAGACCUUUUCUUUGUUUUUUCUGUAUUUUCCCUGGCUUUCAAUGGAGUCCUUCCAAAAAGCCAGGCCAGUUCAAAAUGACGAGUAGCUGAGCCUUUGCUCUUGGUCCCCCAGCAGUCUCCUUGUGUUUGAUAUCAAACAGGUUACAUUAAGCAGCCCCAGUUUCUGUGUCUGCACCAGACACACCAGUCUGUCCUGGGCUGACCCUUGCACAGGGAGCAGCCCUGCCAGUCUUUUGUCUGAGAGCAGAUCUGUCUGUGUGUAGCUGAUGUUAUGCAGACAAAAAUGCAAGCAAUACAGGUUGGGGUUUGAGCUUUUUAAGUUUCUCUGAUGAGCAGGAGUGGUUGAGGCACUACCUUUGCUGCAAAUAAAGACUACUGCUGGUACAAACAUCACCCUCCAUCCCAUAAACUACAGCACCAUAAUGAGCCAUAUCUAUUAUACCCAAAGAAGAUGCUGAAAAGAGAGGGAAAUGUGCUUUGAUCUGAAAACACAAAGCUCAUUUAUAACCAAAAACCUUUUGCUACCUUGCAUCCAAAAUUCCAACUAGAAAGCAAUGAUUUUUGGUACCACUGGAAAAAAUAGUUUAUUUAAGAUUCAGUUUUACUGUGGAUCUUGAAAGCAGAAUUUGAAGUACAAUUGCAAUUUUACAGAUUCUCCUUCCCUUUCCAAAUAGAUUAUCUCAUUAAGAUGUUCUUAUGCCCUCUGGACUUAUGAACUGCUGUCUGCCAAAAUUCUCAAGCAAGCAUUGAAUGAUGCAUUUCAAGGUGAAAGGGUGAUGGGAAAAGGAGAUGGUUGUAUUAAAUAUGCCAUUUAUGUUACAGAGACGAUGAAUUCCUUGCAUUUUUUCAGAGUAAAAGGGAAGGGGUAGAGUGAGUAAUAAAGACAAUUGAGAGUUUUUUUAAA